AUGAAAAGGAAACAAGUAGAAGAAGAGGAGGAGGAGGAGGAGAACGUAAGGCUUAUUUCUUGUAAAGUGGUGGAAUAUUUAGAGCCAAUGAUGUCAAGAGAUCUUCUCUUCAAGUUCCCAGAUAACUCUAGCUUUGAUUUCGACUAUACUCAGAGCUCAAUAUGGUCUCCUUUAGUGCCAAGAAAUUACAGUCCCCUGGAUUUGGAUUUGGUUACUCCAAGAAAAAUCGCAUUUGGGUUUGGCUCUGCCUCAGUGUUGGACAACAACGACAGCAGUAGAAGUGGUUCCAAGAAACUGAGCUCCAGCAUCAAGAAGAAGAAGAAGAAGAAGAAGAAGAAGAUGGCUAUCAGUCCUAAUGCUUUUAAUGUCAGUCUUAGUAACUUGAAGAUAAGGAAGCAUAAAGUUAAGGUCUCUGAGUUCUCUCCAACUCCAAUUAAGGCUUCUUGUGUUCCCUUUGCUGCGAAGGGAUGGAUUAAAGUGCUGAAAGCUGCCACUAAACAUUUCAAGAAAAAGAAGAAGAAAGAUCCCACUACCCAUGUGAAGCUUUCCAACUAUUUGAGAGAUGCAUAG